ACUUUCUCAGCGCUUUUUAUUUCGGCUCGCAUUUGGGUUGGGGAAACAACAACUUGUUGACGCUGGAAUCUUCUGCUUGUUUCUCCGUUUAAGACUUUUUUGAGCUGAAGGCGGGCUAGAACACUGCUUUCAGUAACUCUGCCCUGAAAUGAUUUCCUAAGAGCUAGGCCAGUGUCCCUGCUGCUUCAAGAGGAGAAGGAUGCCACUCGAUCGAGUCAACACCAAGCAGACUCCGUUGACCUACAUGUAUUAAUCCGCAGAGAUCUAUGUCAGGGUAUACCUUGGGACCUCUGUUUUUAACGGAAGUUUAACCACUAACGUGGAUCAGAUGUUGUUGUUAUAGUCACUAGAGGGCAGCAAACAUGACGGACGAAGGAGGGGACAUGCUGGAGACGAGAUACAGGUCUCAUGUGACAAGGCAAUCGUUUGCUUCAGAUCUCAAGCAGUACAAUCUUUACUUUGCUGGUUCAAGGCCGUCUCAACAGCUUCAAAUUCAUGAAAGGAAGGGGAUGCCUGUUGUAUACGGAGUCCUAAAACUCUACUGGGGAACUCAGCAGGUGAUUCGCCUCAAGAAAGAAGAGCCUACAUGGAAGCGCAAGAGCAUCAGGCUGGCCUACGAGAACGGACUCGACGAGAAGCUCAUGAAUGCCAUGGGAAGCGGCGCGCGAAACAGACGCUCUCUGACGAAACUGCGCGACAGCGUGUCGGAGAUCCCAGAGGAUUGUGAAGGAUCUGAUAACGAUCACGAGCGAGAAGAAGGAGGCAGGAAUGGUGUUUCGAAGAAAGAGGACAAUAUGGCCGUGUUUGAUCGAUUGACAAUGUCCAACUCGUUGCCUAGAGAUGCACUGAACAAUCAUGAUGUGAUCGCAGAGAUUGAGAAGGCAGCAAACGGUUCACCGAACGGUGAGAUUGACCAGAAGCUGCUUUCGUCAACGAUGCCAAAGAAGUCAAAUUUGAGGAGGAGAACAAUGUCUUUCAGUGGGCAUCUCUAUAACAGCAAGACGAGGGCCUUCAGACCGAGGUAUGGUACGGUCUCAAACAUCCGAGCUUCCAGCACACAAUCGACCCAAGAGGUCAUCAAACUCCUUCUUACUAAAUUUGCGGUAGAGAAUCCACCGGAAGAGUUCAGCUUGUUUUCUGUUUCAAAUAGUGCAGGUACUCAGGAGUUGAAGGCCCUUGAUUUCCCGCUCCUCAGAAGAAUACAGCUUGGACCGGAUGAGAAUGUGGCUAAAAUCUUUGUCAUGGAGAGAAAGACUACUUCUCAGGUUUCUCAAGAGGUCGCCCAGUACGUCAACUUACCUAUCACAGUCCUGGGAGGCAUCCUAAAGAAGUUCAAAGAGGAGGAGAACAAAGAGAUUGAGGAGAUAAGAAAGAAAUACUCAAUAUACCAGGCCACGCUGAAGAAGAAAAUGGAGGUCAUAAUGGAGAGCACGUCAGACAUCGAGCCCUACAACUUGGAAACAUUUUGUUGAAAGUAGUCUAGAUACUAGACUGUAGGUGUUUUUCUUAACAGCGUGUGGUAGUUUGUCUCAAUCUAGUCUCUCGUUCUGUCCAUAUCUCCUCCGCCCUUCCCCCCAUCAUCCAGGAACAAGAAGUCCAAAGAAAAGAAGAAAUCGUGGUGGAAAGCAUGAACCUGAGGAUUGAUCGAUCACUUCUGCAAGGACCUCAGGUCGAACACAUCAACUGUAAACUUGUUCUGUAAGGUUGCGUUCAAGCGACACUUUUUCACCCUAGAAACACGCUUUUUCAAAGAUGUUUAGUUUAAAACACGGUUGCGUUUAAGCGAUUUCAAGCUAUUUUUUUUUGGUCGGUCGUAAAAAUGCAUUUUGAAUCAAGGUCGCCAAAAAUUGCUGGAACGAAACAGAGAUCUCAAUCAUAAUUCUAUCACAUCAUUAUCGUGGCCUGCUUCCCUUUGGCCAACAGUAGACCGUAAACAAAUUCAGAAAGCACGCAGCGAAGUUGACCUAUACUUCCUGGGUCAAAGUGCACAGUUUGAUGAGCAGUGGCUGGGCUUGAAAUGAGCGAGAAUCAGUGUUGAUGUAAAAUCGCUUGAACGCUCUCCCGCAGUAACAGCGUUUUGAUUUGUCAUUCAUUUUGUGAUUCUAGCUUCAAAAAUCGCUUGGACGCAACCUAAGAAUUACCCAGGGCAAUACUAUAUGAAUACAGCAUUUAAGACAUUAUCAUGCCUACUCAACGAACGUCUUGUCUGAUUAGCGAUAUUUUUUUGAUGAACUGAUGAAUACAUAAUGAGCUGUAGUCAGGAAAAUUGCACAGAUUUGUAUGUGUUUUGACUGAAUACAUGCCUUUUUUUUCUUUAUAAUUCUGGGUAUAUAUGCUUAGUGGCCAAAAUAGAAGUAUUUGCACUUUUAAACCUACAUUGAGCAGCUCACGUUUUAAGGGCAAAUUAAUAUUUUCUCCUAUUUAGUGCAUUUAUCAAAAUAAUCAUGUAGAGAUACUUCACUAUGCUUAUUUUCUUAUCCUACCUAUCAUAUAAUGCACUUAUCAAAUAAGUGUAAAACAAUUAUGAGGUGUUCUCUCUUAUUUCUUAGUAUUUCAAGCCUUCUAAGAUUUUCAUCCCUAUUUCCAUUGCCACAAAAAAUGGAAUCCAGAAUUAUUGUGACUUAAUUUUUUGGUUUACUAAUGUUUUGUACACAAAGUAAGUGUGUGACAUUUCCUGGUACUUAACUUGUACUUCUGUCGGUCUUAACAUAGCUUGAACAGUUUAUUCAUUACAUAAGUGCCUAUGUUUAAAGCCAUACUAAACUAGAAGCACUAUCGCAAAAAGCCAUCUAGCGCCAUCUCAGGUCAGCUGCAGCGGAUGGUUCCGUAACUGACUGUUUCCCAAACUGCGCUGUUGGUUCUCACGUCGAAUCCUCUGUCUGCGAAAUGCGAAUUGGGUAUUGGUCUCCGCACUGUCGGCAAGUUGACCAUGAGAUGGCACUGUGGAAUAAACAGUAUGCUCGGGCAGAAAGUUCAUCAGUUCAGUAUCGCUUUACAGUUUGCGAUUGGUGGAAAGACUGGUGAUAAAUCCAGAUCACUUACACCUGCUGUUUGCAUAUCAAAACUUGACAGAUUCAAAAUGAAAACAUUGUUUAAUGAGGUAAAUUAAGUGGCAUGUAUUUGUUUACAUAAGCUUGUUGACUAUCGAUAGACACCUUUAAUGUUUUUUAAACUUUUCUAAAUUUCAAGUUUUAAUUAUGCUGCUAAUUGAUAGGUUAACAAACAUUCAGGUAAGAAACAUUACAUGAUGCUUCUUUUAAUGAUUGAGUAUGCCUUUUAUCUUGUGUGUGUGUUUAACCGAAUGUACAUGGAAACUUGCAUAUAUGAAGGAAAUGAAAUGAUGUACAUGAACGAGUGAUACAUCAUGUGGAAACGUGAAAAGCUGCAUUUAUAACCAGCAGUAAAUAAAAACGGGUGAAAACUGAAAUUUUGAAACUUACAAAUUAAAAAAAAAAGUCUUCCAAAUGUAUAUCUUCAGCGCAUAGUGCCUUAUCAUCAAUCAAAUAUCAAGUUUUUUUUUUAUCUAGAAAUAUUUUCAGAAAAGUGGAGAAUAUAUAUACAUGAUUUGAAAGUAUUAUUUUGCCUAUAAUAGUAUUUUACCAUCUAAAUUGAUUUUUAUACAUAUUUGAGGUGAAAUUAUAACAUUUUACUUCUUGGGUACUUUAUACCAGUAUUUCUAUUAAAGAAUAUAUUUUUUGGUUUCUUACUUUGUAUAUUUUUGUUUUGUGUGGUAUACACAUAGUAUAUGUUUUUACAUCUACAAUGAUGAAUAGUGGAAUAAGUUUUAUUUCUGUAUUGUGAAUUUAAACUUGUAUGACUUCUGUUUGAUUUUAUAAGAUAGUUUUUACUGAUUAUUGUUUUAUGAAAAAAAUCUUGAAAUUUUAAUCCUUGAUUCUGAUUAGUCCUAUUUCAUUUGACCAUAGCUUUACAAGAGACUACAAUAUCACUUAUUUUACUCUAAUUUAAGUAUCAACGAAGUAUUAGCAACUAUUCUGUGAUAUGGAGUAUACUUUUGUCUUUUUAAUGUAUCAAUCAAUAUUUUCCUUUUUUAUAUUUUUUUAAACAUCACUUUAUUGUUCAAACUUGCACAACAAAGGAGAACAAUAGCCCAGGACAAUUCCAUUUUACUGGAAAAUGCAGGGCAUUAAAAGUACAUACAUGUAGAUAUACAGUGAAUAAUGUUAUAUAACAUCAACAAAAAUUAACUAAUUUUACAACAUAGUGAAAGCUGAGGAGUUAUGGAUAUUCCUAGCUAUAGAUGAAAUAAGAGGAGCCAAAUAUUGAAAUUUCAUUUGAUAUAUCAACUUAAUAAAUACAAAGCAUACAUAAUGAGUAUUAUAAGAGUUUGAUUUGAGUUAAUGUUUCAUACAAAGAGGAUUCUAUCAGUGCCAAGCAAUGAAAAGAAACAAAUGCAGGAAAGAGAUAGAGAUAGGUUUAAAAUAUAAAUGCAGGAAAUUAAAAAACCAGUAGUUUAAAAUGCUAGCUUGAAAUGAUUGCACCAUUUAAUCUUCCAUGAUAAUCAUACUACACUUGAAAUGUAUGUUAUUGUUAUGCAUUCAAAUCAUCUAUUUGGUAUAUCUUAUCUUUGCCAAAAUAAGAUGUCAAUAUAUUUUUAUACCACUUUGCAGCAUUUCAUUCAAAGUGAGCCUCAGAUUCACUCUGUGUAUUGAAACUCAGGCAAAAAAACACAAAUCAUUUGUAAUGAAAAAAAAUAUCAUUCAAAAAUAUUUUUAUAUUGAAGGUACAUUGCUACUUUAAAACAAAAAAUGUGUGAACAAUUUCUUUUUAUUAUACGCAAUGUUAGAUCACUGUAAGUUAAAUAGAGAAUUUUUGUGUGAUAUUUUAAUUUUAUUUUGAUAAAAGAAGUUGUCUGAAACCAUUUGUGACUUAUUAAGUACAUCUUCCUAAAUCUUGUAAACUCUGUUUGUGACCCUUUUUUAUACCACUUUGCAGCAUUUCGUUCAAAAUGAGCUACAUAUUCACUAUGUGCAUUUAAACUCAGGCAACAUACACAAAUCAUUUUUAAUGAACAAAAUAUCUUCAAAGACUGAAUUUAUAUUGAAGGCACAUCGCUACUUACAGAACAAAAAAAUGUGUGUUAACAAUGUCUUUUUAUGAUGAAACAAAAUAUAUGAUUACUUUAAGUUAAAUAGAGAAUUUUUUGUGAUAUUUUAAUUUUAGUUUGAUAGAAGAUGUUGUCUGGAAUCAUUUGUGACUGUAAUUGAGUACAUACUCCUAAAUCUUUUAAAUUCUGUAUGUUACCCUUUUUUUCAUCUCUCCCGUUAAUGGAGACGGCUAGACGAUGCCAGGAUAUUGUAUAACAAGAUAUAGUCCAUGGCAGGUCUGUUAUACAAAGGAUGGGUGAUCAUAUUGUGAAUGUAAAGCUUCCCAUGAACAAAUAGUAGUUUAUAAUUUUGUAGUGUAUAAUAUUUCACAGAUAAUGACUUUGUUUUUUUAAGUGUCGGUCUUGUACACGUUUGUAGCACUGAACUUAUUACAGUGUGCCAGCCUUGCACAAGUUUUAUAAUCAGGUUUUAUUUUUGGAAUCGUUAUACCAUAUGAAGUAAGAGGCGAUAUUU